CUUCCUGCCUAUGCUUUCGGGGUGUCUCCUGCCCAUCACGGUCCUUCCAUGGGUAGCUGGGGUGUAGCAGCAGCAGCAGCAGGGGUCGUGGAGAGCUUUGCCGAUGAUGGAUAGCCCCCCGAAGCUGACUGGUGAAACCCUGAUUGUCCACCACAUUCCCCUGGUGCACUGCCAGGUCCCUGACCGACAGUGCUGCAGCACCACCCAGCGGACCAACCCCUUCUGCCCGCCCGAGGUGGGCGUCGCCUGCACCACCUCCCUCCCCGAGUGGGACCUCUCACAGACCGACUCCCUGGUCUACAGCAGCUUCCGCCAGGCUUCAGACACAGACCUGGCCCCGGCGGAGACGGCGGAGGACAAAGAAGGGAACCCGUCGUGA